AGAUUUGCAUCGCCUGCACCGGCCAUGUCAUCGUCGUCGUCGUCGCUUGCUCGUUACGACGCCAACGUCCUGCUGGCCGCGGUGGCCGCGCUCUCCGGGGCGGUGGCCUUCGUCGCCGCGCUCCACCUCUACGCGCGGUGCCUCCUGCAGCGGCGCGUCGCCCUCGCGGAGGGCAACCCCCGCGUGCUCGUGCUGCGGCGCCCGCCGCCGGACGACUACGAGCUGGAGGUCGUCGUCCGCGCCGGUGGUCACGGCGCGUGCGGCCAGGGCGCCGCCGGGCUGGACGCUAAGACGCUGCGCGCGCUGCCGGUGUUCAUGUGGGAAUCGUCCAACGUCACCGCGGCGGAGCACGACGGGCAGUGCGCGGUGUGCCUGGGGGAGAUGGAGGACGGCGAGCUGGGGAGGCUGCUCCCGGCGUGCAGCCACAUGUUCCACGUUGAGUGCAUCGACGCGUGGCUCGGGGUGAGCUCGACGUGCCCGGUGUGCCGGACGGUCGCGGCGGCGGCGGCUCUGGCUGCCACCGUGCCCGUGGCACCCGAUGACUAGUAUAUACGCAUGGUAAAAAAAAUGUUUAGAAGGAUGGCUGAAAUGCUUUAUCUGCCUUUCAUUGUUUUUUUGAAGCAAAUUGGCAGGAGCUCUGCCUAGAAAUAGAGUUUAGUACUACAACAUCACAUGCCAAAGAUGUUGGCAUGGAUUCUCCACUUAAUAGACCGCCCGAUAAAAAUUAAUUAGCUAGGGAAUUGCUAUAUCACACCCGAGUGUUUUAUCUAUAUCCCAUAUUCCCACACUCGAAUUUUUUCGAACCCUUCUCUUCCCCUUCGUUUUCAACUCCGGUGAGCUUUUAGGGUUGGGGGGUUUGGGGGAGGGGGCUUACCUUUGUCCGGCGGACCUAGAGGGCGCUCCGAGCGGCAGGGUAGCGGUCGGUGGUGGUGGGAGAGACGGCGGCGAGGGCGCCGCCCGCCGGGCAGCGGUGGACCCCCGGUUGGGAGGUGGAGGCGGCGGGGGUGUGGAGCUUCAAGCGGUUAGCGUCGGCGGCGUCGGUGGGAGGCGACGGAGGCGGCGUUGCGCUGCCGAAGCCGGGAGGGGAGCCGUCGGCGGCGGGGGAGCACGACCGGAUUCGAAGAAGAAGAAGAUGGUGGAGAUAGGGGCAAUGCCAAGAAAGAGUUUAGCGCGGGGCCGUGGUGGAGGGCGGCUCCGACGGCGGCAGGCGGUGCGGCGUGGGGGCGAGCCGGCGGCCUGCAGGAGACGAGCGUCUGGUCUCCUCCAGCGAGCGGACGAGGGAGAUGCUAAAGAGACAAGGAGGAAAGAGAAGGAUUGAUCUGAGCCAUCGGGAUCCUACGGACACA